UCCAGUGACAUUAACCUGACCAAGUAAACAAACAAAAUUUAAUAAACAGCCACAACGCUAAUAAACACCAGUCACCUCUAAUUACUAAACAAACCGUCAAUAAUGGCCGAGUCACGACGACUCGGCAAAGCAGACCUGACUCUGCCGUGCAAAGAAAUGGCUCACUACCUCCUGGGAAAAAUUUUAGCCCGAAAACUCGACAACGGGGCCGUCCUCAAAGGCCGCAUCGUCGAAACCGAGUGUUACUUAGGGGGCGAAGACAAAGCCUCUCAUUCGUACAACGGCAGACAGACUCCUGGAAAUGAGCCCAUGUAUAUGCCCUCAGGAACCACCUACGUCUAUUUCACGUACGGAAUGUACUUUUGUUUCAAUAUUUCGAGUAUUGAGCCGGGGGCUGUCGUACUAAUCAGAGCUGCGGAGCCCCUUCAAGGUUUAGAAACUAUGGCGAAGUUUAGGUCGGUGAAGAAAAAGGGGGUUUUGAAGGAGACUGAGUUGUGCAAUGGACCCUCAAAGUUGUGUAUAGCCAUGAAUAUGACGAAACAGAAUUGUAAUAAAAUGGAUUUGUGUGAGAGUGAGGUCUUGUGGAUCGAGGAUGAUGGGGGAAAGGUGGAAGAGAAAGAAAUUGUGAUAAGCACGAGGAUAGGGAUUGCGUCUGCGGGGGAGGAGUGGGCCGGGAAGCCGUUGCGAUUUUACGUAUUGUCAAAUCCACAUGUUAGCAAAAGGGAUAAAAAAGCAGAGAGAGAAUUAAGUUGAACUGAUUUUUAUUAUAAGUAUUUAUGUUUAUAAAAAAAUUAUAAAAA